AUUAGAGCAGGUGGAUAUCUGACGCUGCUCCAUAUAGGACUGUCUGGCUGACUGGCUUGGUGGGAGCGCCGCUCGGGAGAGGUUUUAUGACAAAGAUCAAAGUCCACCUGUGGGCCUCAAACAGCCAUCGGUCCAUCGGGGCUGUUGGGCCUGCCAGCCGGCCAUUCUGUGGCUCUCCUGUGUGGGUCCGGUCUCCUGGUCUCUGAAACAAUGAAGACCAGGCUGGGCUGACUCUGAAGCUCAUAUCCCAUCUGCCACAAUGGACCUACCUGAUUACCACCCACAGCAGCCACUUGUCCACCAUCCUGGCAAAUACCCCUUUAUUUUGGAAGGAGCGUCGGCAUCUCAGGAAUUAAAGGCAGAACCAGAUGGCACAACACAGUCAGAAGAGAGCUGUCCCAUCUGUGGAGACAAAGUGUCCGGAUACCACUAUGGACUGCUCACUUGUGAAAGCUGCAAGGGCUUCUUCAAACGCUCAGUGCAGAAUAACAAGUAUUACACCUGUGCAGAACAACGGAGCUGCCUUAUUAACCUUUCGCAGAGGAAACGCUGUCCUUUCUGCCGCUUUCAAAAGUGUUUGGCAGUGGGCAUGAAGAGAGAAGCAGUAAGAGCAGAUCGUAUGAGAGGGGGGAGGAAUAAAUUUGGCCCUCUGUACCGAUGGGACAGGCAAAUAAAACAGCAGAAAGUACAUCACCAGCCAAACCCCGCUUCCUAUAGGAUGAAAAUGGGAACUACUCAAACAGAACGGCCGACACCUCCGAAUGACCUUCCCCUAAUGAGCAAUCACACAAGUGCUGUGUUGUCUUCAGAUGCUUUACAUGAGUCUAACACGUAUCCCUCUGGCAUGGGGACAUCGGGUGCUCCAAUGACUCUGGACUGUACCAUGAACGCAGACAGGGUGUUUUCCCCUCUCUCGCUGCCCUACUCUGGACUCUACCAACGCACCUUCCCCGGAUACCUCCAGGAGAAAGUAGAAAUGCCUUAUAGCUACAGCCAAGCUCCAACAAACUAUGUGCACCCCAUUUUGGAUUCGUUCACAACAAGAAGCACACCGGCAUCGUCCCCCUGCUCAAAACCAAGCUCAUCCACCCCUCUCCCACACACUCACGCCCAAACCCUCGAUACCACGUCAUUGGCAAUUCUUAAACCCAACUUGCUCAAUCAACUCCUGGUCGGGGAGCAGGAUGAGAGCCAGCUGUGUGCCAAGGUCCUCGCAAGUCUGCAGAGAGAACAGGCCAACCGGGGCAAGCACGACCGCCUAAAUACAUUCAGCAUCAUGUGCAAAAUAGCAGACCAGACACUGUUCGGGCUUGUGGAGUGGUCUAGGAACAGUGCACUAUUCAAGGAGCUCAAGCUGGAGGACCAGAUGUCGCUGCUCCAGAGUUGUUGGAGUGAGCUGCUAGUGCUGGAUCACCUCUGUAGACAGGUGACCUACAGCAAAGAGGGAUGCAUAUAUCUGGUCACGGGCCAACAGAUUGAGGUGUCGACCAUCAUCUCUCAAGCAGGAUUUGCACUGAGUAGCCUGGUAUCGAGGACCCAGGACUUGGUAUCCAAAAUGAAAGCAUUCCACCUCGACAGACACGAGUUUGUUGGUCUGAAACACUUGGUGCUAUUCAACCCCGACGUGAAGUCAGUGCAGAGCCGUAAGCAGGUGGAGCAGACACAAGAGAGGGUGAACAGGGCCCUGAUGGAGCACACCCAACGGAGCCAUCCAAGACAGUCCGACAAGUUUGGUCAGCUGUUGCUACGACUUCCCGAAGUACGCAGUAUCAGCUUCCAGCUUGAGGAGUAUUUGUACCAGCGUCAUCUUCUGGGAGAUUUGCCCUGCAACUCUCUACUCACUGAGAUGCUGCACACCAAGCACAGCUGAGGGAAUGCAGUUGCAUCUCAGUGACAGUCAGUUUGCUGCUGUGAACUUUUGUACCUUAAUAUUUGCUUUUUAGGACCCAGCUAUGCUUUUUAUGUUUGAUGAUUUUUGAAAAGUAACAAAUGCGCUUUAGAAGCCCUAACCACUUCAAAAAUAUGUGAUCCCAGAUCAGCAUUGAAGGAGAACAUUUAGUAAACAUGUGCAAUUAUUAUAUAAGUACUACAUGAUAUUUGCAAUAGCCAGGAAACUCGUUUUUUAUGUAUCGGCCAGAAAGGCUCUUUGCUGCAGCAAAAACUGAUCAAAUGCAUUUGCUCAAAAUGAAAUGGAAAAAUAAAAAUGGAAAUGAGAAAAUAUA